AUGCAAGGAACCGUCGCAUCAAGCAAUCGUCGAGUACUGCGAGAACCCGUCGUCACACGAUGGGGAACGUGGCUAGAAGCUGUUGAGUACUACAACUGCUACUUUUCGGACAUCAAGGCCGUGAUCAACGGCCUUCCAAUUGACGAGAGUGUCGCACUCACAAAGGCUCAAGCUGUCCUCUCCGUGAAUAGCCUUCCAGGAGACCUCGCGUGCCUUUGUGCCAACUUCACGUUCUUAGCGGAUUCUAUCAAAAAACUUGAAAGUGCGGGAGAAACUCUUGUUACGAACGUUGCGCUAAUUCUCCACGCACAGGAAAGAAUCGCCACCGUUCCCGAAGGACCCGUCGCCGAAAAGGCACGUGCGAAGCUGCAAUCGGUCUUGGACAAACACAAGGGGUUUUCAGUCCUUAAAGAAGCUUCAGAGGUCCUUGCUGGUGAGCACUGUAGGAUCCCAGUGUCAAUUAACCCAUCGAAUCUUCCCAAGUGUAAGUACGCACCAAUCACAUCUGUCGGCGUCGAGCGUUCGUUCUCCGCGCACAAACUCAUUCUCAGCGACAAGAGGCACAAUUUUGAACCCGGAAAUCUGGAGAUGCUGGUAGUUACCUAUUGUUUCUAUAAUUUUCAUAGUGAUUCUUAAACUAGGUUCCGCGUUCUGU